CCAUGCCAAAUAAAUCUCCACCCUCCGCCGGCCCAACAUCCAUCACCCCAAGUACCAACCAUGUCAUCGGAAAAAAUACUUAACAAUGCUCUUCAUGCAGCUUUAUUAACAAUUCUUCUUCUUAUUCCCUAUGUUAAUUCUGCGCCAUCAAUCCCUGAGGAUCUUGGCCAAGUAAACCAGUGGUUCAACUCCGUUGUCAAACCGUACACCCAGAGGAAGGGCAGCCUAGACCCUCCCCUGGAGACGGCUGAGGCAGCCACCAAAGUUAUAAAGGUGAGGAAAGAUGGGAGUGGAGACUUCAAUACGAUAGCUAAGGCCAUAGCCAGCGUUCCAUCUGGGAACACGAAACGAACGAUCAUCUGGAUUGGACCUGGGAAAUAUGACGAGAAAAUCACAAUUGAUAGAGACAAGCCGUUUAUUACAUUAUACGGGUCGCCGAAUGCGGUCCCGACAUUGUCGUUUAACGGCACAGCAGCAAAAUAUGGAACUGUUGACAGCGCCACCCUCAUCGUCAUGUCGGAUUACUUUGUGGCCGCCAACCUCAUUAUAGCGAAUUCGGCGCCGAUGCCAGACGGACAAAUAGUGGGAGCACAGGCGGUGGCACUGAGAGCUUCCGGUGACAAGCAGGCUUUCUACAACUGCAGGAUUCUGGGUUACCAGGAUACAUUAUGUGAUGAUAGGGGGAAUCAUUUUUUCAAGAAUUGCUACAUCGAAGGAACCGUUGAUUUCAUUUUCGGAAGCGGAAAGUCUAUUUAUCUGGGGACGGAAUUGCAUGUCUUGGGGACUGAAGGACUUAGGGUGAUAACGGCACAGGCAAGGGAAUUGACCAGCGAGGACCAAGGGUACUCGUUUGUGCAUUGCAGCAUAACCGGGGAUGGGAAGGGGGCGUACUUGGGGAGGGCGUGGAAGUCUAGACCCUUGGUCGUUUUUGCUUACACCAACAUGGGCAGCGUCGUCGAUCCUACCGGAUGGUCUGAUAAUUUCCAUCCAGAUCGUGACAGUUUGGUUUUCUACGGAGAAUACAAGGGCAAGGGGGAAGGAUCAAACCUGAGUAAGCGGGUCCCCUACACCAAGGUGUUAAGCGAUAAUGCAGCUCAGCCUUUCAUAAGUCUUGAUUUCAUUAAGGCCAAUACAUGGUUACUUCCUCCUCCCACACUUUAAAUAAAAAGCGUCAAGUGGCAUAUAAUUUGCCCUCCAAACAAUAUUAAAUGAGGAGAAAAAUCUCAAUAUUAGAGAAUUUGUCUUUUAUUUAGUUGCUUAAGUUGUAUUAAAUAAAAAUAUUAAAUAAUU